AUUUCUUUGCCUUCUCUUUCACAGGUCUGGCAAGUCAACUUCACUGAAGUCCACUUUAGCUGCUGAAGAGUUUAAAGCCAUUAACUAGCGGUAGCUAUCAAGCUAUUCCAUUGGUUCAAUAACCAUGGCUGCUUCUGUGCCUAAGUGCCCACCAUUUGACUUCGCCGACAAGUACUACCAAGCGACGGCUGCCGGCUGUGUGCGGCAGAGCAGCUUCUUCAACGGCCAGGCUGUUCUUGAUCAGGGCAUUGGCUAUUCUGUUAUUCUUGGCUUUGGAGCUUUUUUCGCUGUCUUCACAUCUUUCUUGGUAUGGCUGGAGAAUCGAUACAUAGGGAGUAAGAAGACAUCAGAAUGGUUCAACACAGCAGGCAGGAGUGUGAAGACGGGGCUAAUUGCUAGUGUGAUUGUGUCUCAGUGGACAUGGGCUGCCACCAUUUUACAGAGCUCCAAUGUUGCUUGGGAGUAUGGAGUUAGUGGACCAUUCUGGUAUGCUAGUGGGGCUACCAUUCAGGUUCUUCUAUUUGGAAUAAUGGCUAUAGAGAUCAAAAGGAAGGCCCCAAAUGCUCACACAGUUUGUGAAAUUGUAAGAGCUCGUUGGGGAACUCCUGCACAUAUAGUCUUCCUUGUUUUCUGCUUCAUGACAAACAUCCUAGUAACAGCCAUGUUGCUUCUUGGCGGUUCAGCGGUGGUCAAUGCACUCACCGGAGUGAACAUUUUUGCUGCAAGCUUUCUUAUACCGCUCGGAGUUAUCGUAUACACACUGGCUGGAGGAUUAAAAGCCACUUUCUUGGCUAGCUAUAUCCAUUCUGUAAUAGUUCAUGUUAUUCUGGUCAUAUUCGUGUUCCUCGUUUAUACGUCGAGCAGCCAGCUCGGCAGCCCCAGUGUUGUAUAUGAUCAUUUGAUGGAAGUGGCUAGCAAAGCUAGAAUGUGCCAGGAACCAAUUUCCCACGAUGGCCAAUCUUGUGGCCCUGUUUCUGGGAACUUCAAAGGCUCUUAUGCAACAUUGUUGAGCUCAGGAGGGCUUGUUUUCGGGAUUAUUAAUAUUGUAGGCAACUUCGGUACUGUUUUUGUUGACAAUGGAUAUUGGAUGAGUGCAAUAGCUGCAAGGCCAUCAUCAACUCACAAGGGAUAUUUGGUGGGAGGUUUGGUCUGGUUUGCAGUUCCAUUCUCUUUAGCAACUUCACUUGGUUUAGGCGCACUUGCCCUUGAUCUACCAAUAACUACAGAUGAGGCUAGCCGAGGACUUGUGCCCCCUGCCACUGCUAUAGCUUUGAUGGGAAAAGGAGGAUCUGUUCUUCUCCUUGUCAUGCUUUUUAUGGCUGUAACUUCUGCUGGUUCAUCCGAGUUAAUAAGUGUAUCGUCCUUGUGCACGUACGAUAUCUACCGAACGUACGUGAAUCCUAAUGCUAGUGGAAAGAGCAUCCUAAAAGUAUCAAGAGCUGUUAUUCUAGUGUUUGGAUGUUUCAUGGGGCUGCUGGCAAUAGUUCUUAACAAGGCUGGAGUUUCAUUGGGAUGGAUGUAUCUAGCUAUGGGAGUGUUCAUUGGUUCAGCAGUUAUUCCAAUAGCCUUUAUGCUUCUGUGGACUAAAGCGAAUUCCAACGGAGCAAUUCUUGGAACGACCAUCGGCUGUGUUCUUGGAGUCAUAACAUGGAUCUCGGUCACGAAGAUCGAGUAUGGCGAGGUUAACUUGAAUACUACAGGUAGAAAUGCACCUAUGCUUGCUGGGAAUCUUGUCUCUAUACUUUCAGGAGGGAUUAUUCACGCCAUAUCUAGCCUGUUAUCACCUCAAAACUAUGACUGGGAGACCACUAGGAAGAUUUCAACUGUUGAAAAGGACAACGGUGAAAUCCCAUCAGAAGAGUACAAGGAGGAAAAAUUGAUGAAAGCAAAAGCAUGGAUAGUGAAAUGGGGCGUUGGAUUUACCAUAGUAAUUGUUAUACUAUGGCCUCUUUUAUCUCUUCCAAUAGGAGAGUUUAACAAGAAAUAUUUCACACUUUGGGCUGUAAUAGCAAUAGCAUGGGGAACAAUAGGUUCUGCUGUAAUUAUUUUCUUACCAUUGAUCGAAAGUCGGGAAACUUUACGGGCUGUGAUGCUUGGAAUGUUUACGAGUGAUAAACUCGGCGACACGAUGGACGAAAUGAGUCUGAAGUUGUAUUCUUCAGUCAUGGCUGUACCUGAAUCAGAGAGAAUUUAGUUGCUAGAGAAGAAGAAGAACGCAAGGAAGGAGGAUUUACUGGAUAUACCUGAUCAUGCUGCUCCUUGGCCACCUGAAAGAAGCAGAUGUGUUGACAAAAAGUUAAUUGGAAAAGAUGUGAAAAAGGGUACGAAAUUAAGGCCAAGUAGGCUGAAAAUCAGAAAUUUUUUCCUUGGUGUGGCCAAUAGUGUUUGAAGUUUCUUGUUUAUUUCAUGUGAUUAGGAGAGUUCUGUUUGAUCCUUUUCUACCUCUGUGGCUUUGUGUAUUUGUUGGUGUAAAUGUGUAUUUGUUGUUAUGAAUAAGCUCAAAAGGGUUAAAAAUAUAGUAAACGAGUUCAAUUAAAAAUAAAUGAAUUGCUCAGGUAGAA